GUCCCCUGGGGGAGAAGGUAAACACCACCAAAGCAUGGACAGAACUGGCCCAGACACUGGGAGAGGUGGGGCAAGAGCUCAGGAUGAUCAUGUCUGAUGUCAACCUGGAGAACAGCAUGACCAGGGGUCCUCCCACCCUGCACGUCCAGCUGUGCUGUCCGUGUGAGGCAGAACAAGGCACCGCUGCGUCCUGGCACUUCAACAUCAACGGGCAGCCAGCCCUCCUCUUUCAUGCGAUGAACAUGACCUGGACAGUCAGGAAUCCUGCAGCCAGAGGCAUCAAGGAGGAGUUGGAGAACAAGGGCCUGGCAAACGAUCUCAGGAGCAUCUCGAUGGGAGACUGCGAUCACUGGCUUAGGGAAUUCUUAGAACACUGGAAGGAAGUGCUGGAGCCCUCAGUAUCACCCACGAAUGUCCCAGACACUGGCCAGUCUCCAUUCAUGCUAUCAAAUGCAUGGAUCAUCCUAGCAGUGACUGUCAUCAGCUCAGUCCUAACUAGCAUCUGAAUCGGCAUCUCAGGCAAAGCAGGUCUUAAGUUUGUGAAGCUCAAUAGAAGAGCCUUUCG